GAUAGACAUUUGUAAACGUCAGGAAUUAGGCUUAUCAGGGAAGGAUAAGUGGAAACUAGUUGAAGAAUCUUAGUAGUGCAGGAAACUAAGGCACUUCAAUUAGUUAAGAGAAAUGUUCAAUAGUGUAUAUAAGUUUCCAUAAAUAACACAUUAUGGAUUGGGUUAUUUCCGACGAGCUAUCGUUGACUGUAGGGCAUGUAGUGGGGUGGGUAAGUGCUGGGGCUAUGAUAAUUGGGGGAGUUAUCCCUUAUAUACCCCAAUAUCGGCAAAUCAAGAAGACCCGAGACGCUGAGGGGUUUUCUCUAUUAGUAUGUUUAGCUCUUCUAAUAGCAAAUACCUUAAGGAUUUUGUUUUGGUUUGGCAAGCACUUCGAGAUUCCACUGUUAAUACAAAGUCUAAUAAUGAACGCCACCAUGUUUGCCAUGAUCCAUUUGUGUGUCAGAACAAGAAAUAAGAAUCAGUUACAUCAGGCUAGACAAAGAAUUUUUACAGCUAAUAGCCAGGAAAUCAAGCGACUUAAACUUCUCUCUGCAAAACCCCGUCCUCCGCAGCACAUAAUUGAUUUCGACGCGAAGAACUUCUGGUGCUGGUCGGACUUCCAGUCUUACUUGGAUUGCAUGCUGGUGUUCACCAUUAUUUCCUCCUUAUUAAUGUACCUAUUUAUAGAGUAUAUUUAUUUUGUUGAAGUAAUUGGAUUCUUGGCUGUAUUCACCGAGGCCAUGUUGGGCAUGCCUCAACUUAUCAAGAACUAUAGGAAUAAGUCCACCGAAGGCAUGAGUUUAACGAUGGUGAUACUGUGGACAUGCGGAGACAUUUUUAAAACGUUGUACUUCCUCUUGCGUGACGCGCCGAUGCAGUUUUGGAUAUGCGGUUCGAUGCAGGUGGCGAUCGACACCCUGAUCCUGCUCCAGGUGUACAUUUACAAGGGCAACACCGAUUCUGCGCGGUUUGCACCGCACAGGAUCGACUGAGUAGUCGUCAAGUGGAUGCACGACGAAUCCAAGCAUCAGCAUAGAGAACAAUCGAAAACCGAAGUAACUGUAAUAGACGAAACAUCACUGGCACCAAAUUGUAACGAAAACGUUGAAAAUUUCCCUUUAACGAAUGGUAAGUGUUGCGAAGGCGACGCAUCAAAACCUACCGAAAUUACUAGUGAAAGUAGCAUCAAAUCUACACAAACCGCGGACAAUAUUGUGGUGAGUGCGGACGUUCAUAACGAACGAGAUGAGAAAAUAAAUGAUAGCAACAGUAGUAAUAGUAUUAGUAGUAGUAUAUGCAGUGACAAUAUUAAUAACAAAGAUAACGAAAAUGUAGAUUAUUUGUACAGAAAUGUCAAUGGCGGCUGUUAUACAGGUUUAAGCAACAAUGGUGAUAAACUAGUUCGAACAUGUAAAGUUACUUAUAAGAAGAGCGCUAAGGUUAGCAUGCUUAUACAUAGGCAUACGUUAUGACAUAUAUUUUCCGUUAUGCUUCCGAUCGAGUUUAAUGCUUCCUUUUUUCUAAUAUUGCGGUUUCGAAUUUUGACUGAGCGCUGCUUAAUUGUUGUUUUAGUCGGGUAAGUGCGUUUUAAGGGCAGAAUUAUGCAAAACUUUGAAGUUUCUUAUCUGUUUACUUUAUUCAAGCAAUUAGACCAUCUGAGAUAGUUUCCCUUAGUUAUUUUUCAAUUUGAGGGUAAUUGUUGAUUUAUUUACAGUAAUUUACUAUUGUUCAUAUUAUAAGGAUUAUCGUUUUAUUCUUGAGAAUUGUACUGUUACCUUGUUUUUUUUUUAGUUUUAUUAUGGAAAAGUUUUUUUUUGUAAAACAUAUCCCCCAAGUUAUUUAUUUAGAGCUUUUAUGGUUAAAUAAACAUUAACAUUUAAUAACAGAAUUGAAUGUCAGAAGUAAAAAUAUGCUUUGUUGUUAAAAGAUAUCUGAACAAAUCACCAAAACAUAAUAACACCUCAUAAUAUUACAGAUGAGACAAUAUAAUUAAAGAAUUAUAAAUGGAAUUACAAAUUAACAGUACAUUGGUAAAAAAGGUUUUAAAUCUUGAGGUAGUCGCAAUAAGUAAUAAUAUUCGUUUACUGCAAAAAUACAACAGCGCUUUAAAUAAACCUAUAAAGACCUCCCUUAAUAUUCUAUAGAUUAAACUUUUAAUAUAUUUUUAAUGAUCGUUAACUAUAUUACUUAAAUGAACUUUAUUUAUGUUUUGACUUUGCAAUGUUGGUAUUAGAUAUGAUGUGAUUCCUAAUUAGGCGAAACGUCAUCUUAAAUAAAGAAUGGAAAAGUAAUUUUUUUCCGUUUUUUAUUAAUUUCAAAUUAUAUCAUGUAUGUUGCAAUUUUCUAAAAAAAAUAAUUCCAUGCCUAAACAAAUAUUUAAAUCAUAUUAAAGCAAGAAUAAUCUAAAAAAGCCAAUGAAAAUGCUGGAGGUUUUACUGUCAUUACAAUUUUUAUUUUCUAUAAUAAAUAUGGUAGCAAUUAAUAAACCUAUUACUACCCAAGCUAGUUGCUAGUAAUCCAAACUCUUGUCUAUAAUCCGCAGGUAGGAUUUAAACUACAGUGCUAAAUGCAAUAAGUAAUAAAAUUGGUGCAUAUUAUUAGUCACCCUUCAAGAUUAUCUUAAUUUUGUGUCUUAUUUGCUUCUAUCAAAUUUUAAAAAUUGGGUUCAAUAUAAACUACUAGCAUAGAUUGUAAAAGAAUGAUUUCAAUUCCUGGGAGUGUAGAGACACUAUGUGAUAAAUAACCAAAUAAAAGGCUCAACACUUCUAAAUGGGUCAUAUUUAAGUUAAUACUAUAAUUACUUAUUAAAAUAGUUUUUAAAUAAAAGGAAAACAACCGUAGAUAUAUUUUUAGAGUAUCUGUAUAAAAUAAUUUUUUUUUUAAUUUUUAAUAAAAGGCAAUUUAUAACAUCGAUGUUUUAAUUUAUUAAUGGAAUUUUUAAAAACACAUCAGAUCUACAAAUAAAAUUACCAAGUCAGAAUUUAAAUUCAUUAUCUAACAAAUUGAAAUAUUGGAAACAUUUAAAUAUUCUUACUGGCAUAAUUGAUAGUCUAGUUAAAUGUAAUUAAUCGUAAACUGGAAUAAUCGAAAUAAAUAAAUUCUCCUUAUUUUAGAAAAAUCAACAACUGAUAAUUAAAUCAAAGCUGAAUCGUUUACUAAUAUUAGAAUAAUUGUCUAAUCCUAUAUAAUUCCUAUAUAAUCGGAUAGUUACAUCCAGUACCAUACAUUAAACUUUCUUUUUGACUUACUUUGAUAAUUAAACACAGUAUUUAGUUUUUGCACGUAUAUUGGGAUUUAUUUCAUCGCUCUUCAUAUUUGAUUUUCAAGAAUCUUGCAUACCUUAGCCUUGGAAUAAAGCAAUUUAAAAAUAUUGGAAAAAUGCACUUCAACCCUUUUUAUUCUAACCCCUUCAAUUCUAUUCAUUUAAUGAUUUACAUGAAUUAUCAAGGGGGGUUUACUGCUGAAUAUAAGUGUCUUGAACCUUUCCAUAGGACACAAUGCUAAACUAUAACAAGACAAAUUUUAUAAAGAAUUUUUUUUUGUUUAUCACGAGAAUUAGUUUAUAACGAGUUUUAUGAGUUUUUUUUAAACAAGUUUUUGGUAUAUGUAAUUUGCUUUUUAUUUUUGAAAUCUUAUUCAACUCUUAGAUUUACUGCCUGAAGUUACGUUUUAUAGAUCUUCACAGCAAUUUUUUUUUAAAUAUAUGAUAAGGCUUACAGGUAGCAUAUUGCAUCGUGAUAUUCAUAACUAAUAAUUAGUGAAGAAAUUCAGACACGAUGUUGCAAGAAUAUUUUUAUACUCAGUGACCUAAAGUUUGAUUCCCUGUAAGAAUUAUUACUCAUUUUUUCUUACAAAGUUCACUUAGGUUGGCUUAGAGAGAAAAGUGAAAAUAAAUAUAAUCUUAAAAUUUAUUAAAUAUUUUUACGUGUUUGAUUAUUGCUAAAUAUGUGGAACUCUACAUAUUCUUGAAAAUUUUGCUUUUUUACACAUUCUACUCGAAACUAUUUAGAGCCAACUGAUUCAAUCCUGAUAGUACCAUGUUCCUAUUUUUAAGGAUAAAAACAUUUUUUGAAUAGUAAUUUUUUUAGCUAAGAAUCGUAUAUUUGACCAAAAGUUAAUUCAAGCCAUCAGUUUAUUCUAAAACCUACGUCUCAUAUUUCAAGUCAUUUUGCUGAUUUCUUCCUUAUUUAGUUUUGGCAUCACUAAGAAAAAAAUAUAUAAAUAAAUCAAGUUUACUGAGAAUUCGUUUUUUGAGAUAUAAGCAAUUAUAAUAUAUAUUACGUUAGUAUCAAAACAUAUUUCUUGUACCAAUAAAUUCCAUUAAGCAUAUUAGAAAUUUUGUUAUAGGGUCAGUGAGAUUCACACAAUCUUUUAGCGCAUUAAGCACCGACUUGUCAAAAUCAAUCAGAAGUAACCGUCCAAGUCAAGUCAUAUAAAAAAACAAGCCUGGUACCCGCGACUUCGUCCGCGGAAACACCCUUAUCGGUGGAAUUUUAAAAAAUCCGUUCUUAUCCGGUGCCUACAUUAUAAAAGGAACCCGUUGGCAAAAUUUCACGUUUCCAGCUAUUGCAGUUUGGGCUCUGCGAUGAUGAGUCAGUCAGUCAGGACAAACUCUUUUAUAUAUAUAGAUGUCAUUUGAAUAGUUGAAUUAAUUUAUUUCCUAAAACUAAAAUUGAUGUAAUUUUAAGCAUUAAUAUUCUUCUUUCAUUUAUUUUCCUACUGUAAUCCUUUACACCACAAUAAAAUUAUUUAAAAAAAUACAAAAAAAACUUAUCAUCAUCUAAACACACAGCUACAAAGUUUUGCAUGGUCCGUCUAAUCAUUUUAUUUAAAAUGUACUGCGAUACAUUUAGUUAAUUGUUGUUGGCGACUUUAGUUAAUACGUAAUACUUUAAUUAUUACAAACAAUAGUAAUGUUAAGAAAAACCUGUUAGUAUUAGAGCAUAUUUCCCUGUGGCCCCUAUAUCUGCAACAUCUUGGCUUAUUUGCCUUACUUACAGUUUUUUUAAAGAAAUUGAACAGUUGCUGGUAUAUCGAUCGAUAACUAUCUAUGAAUGUAAAACGGCAUCAUCUGUGAUUUAGGAAGACCAUUAUCUGAGUCCAAUUAAAGGACCAAUUGAUAUUUUCACAGAGAGAAGAAAUUUUAUUGUUAAAAGCAAGCGAUUUUGUAAAAUCGUGUAUGUAGUGAUAUAUUUUUUAUUUAAUAAUAAUGUAAUAAUGAAAUUUUGAGAACCUCUACAACAUCAUUGAUAGAUUUUUAAAAUCCCAUUUAAUUUAGCCAGAUUUUAAAGACUCAUUUUGUUAGGAAGUUCCUAGGUUACACUGUACAUUUAUUAAAUAUCCUUUGUGUUAAAUAAUUGGGGGGCAUAUAAGCGAAUUGGUGAAUACCAUUUAAUGUGUCAUAUUCAUGUACGUUUUGCUAUAGCAUUUAAAUGCUUCUUUUAUCGUGGUUGCUAGUGCGAUACGUUAAGCUCGUAAUGGUGCCAUAUGCAUGUAUAUUUUGUCAUGGAUAUUUUUCGAUAUUUAUGAAUGUAUACAGGGUAUGUUAUAGUUAAGUGAGUUGUCAAACUUGGUUUUUCUUUUAAGGGUGUUGCAUCCUCUGAGAAACCAUGUAUACCAGUAUUUUAAACUAUAUUUUUCGUAAUUUAAAAUCAUUAAAUGAAUAUUUACGAGUAUGCCGUUUGAAGAACGAAGAAUUUUAGAUAUAUUUUCAUGUACUUGUUUAUAGAAUACUGAAAAGAUAAACUUUCUACUUUGCCUAAAAUAAUAUCUGUUGAAGUCGUUUGUUUUGAUAACGAAUCUAAGAAUUUUUAGUGAAAUCUUCACUGGAUACUGGAUAUCUAUGCUCUCUGUAUAUCAUAUUACAUGUUUUAAGUCAACAGUUUGUGAAAUUUGACGUAAUACACUAAUAGACUAAUGAAGCAUACGACAUUAAAAAAUUAAUUUAUUGCAACUGGUAUUCAAUUUGUUGUGCAUUUACUUCAAUGCAUUUUUGAAGUCGGUAAAUAACUGCCAAUUCACCUGCGGAUCGAUUUGUCUUAUUUCUUGUCGAAUUCUUAGCUUUAAAUCAUCAACGUUAUUAAUUUGGUUUUUUUACAUAAACUUUGGACUUCAAAUAGCCCCCAUAAGAAAAAAUCCAAUGAGGUUAUAUCUGGUGAACGUGGUGGCCCCUCAAUCGGUUCUCUUCGUCUGUUAGGAAGAGUUGCAUUAAGAAAUUGUCCAACGGUGAUGGCAAAGUGAGAAAAGGCACCUCCUCACUUUCCCGUGUCUUGUUGAAACCGUAUCUCAUUACUAGGUAUGUCUAGGUAAAACAACUAAAACAGGGAUACGUCGAAACUAUACAAAGUCUGAGUAGCGCUCUCUACUUAGUGUUUCUUUGAAAAAAAAAGGUUCAAAGUCCUAUGCUCUACUUAAGAAAAACCAAUGCAUACCCACAUGGAUACACAAACUUUGAGUGAAAUCGUCCAUGGACGAGAUAAUUUUUUGAUGCAAAGGAAUCAAUAUAUAUUUAAGUUAAAAAUUAAAAACCCCAGUGACAGAAAUAUCCUAAAUCCACUUAUUAUCGCAGUUUUGUGUCAGAAAUGUCGCGCAUAUACCGUACAUUUAUAUCCUAAAUAAAUCAGCAAUAAUUUAAAAAAAACAUUGCUGAAAUGUCGCCGUCAAAUGUAAAAUAUUAGGUAGUAAAGUUGUUCAAAACCGUAUAAGCAAAACGUACAUGCGUAUGGCACCAUUAUAAGCAGUUACCAUUCUAUAAAGUAUUAUCAUUAAAAUGUUAUGGCAAAACGUACAUUUGUUCCCGUGGUAUAUGAAUGUACGUUUUGCUUAUAUGCAACCGAGUGGACCGUUCGAACUAUUAUAAAUAAAAAAAAACAGAUAGGAACCUGACAAUUGAAAUUCCUAUACUUAUAUUACCAACUUUAUGGCUAAGUUGAUAAAAUAUCAUUUUAAUUAUGUAAUUUGCCUUCAUUAUGUGGGUUUAAACCCAGUUGAUUUUCCUUUCUUGAAGGUGUAUGUGUUUUUAGUGAAGCCUGUUUAAGGUAAGUCAAGUCAACGUAAUGUUUAAAUUUAUUUAUCUCCUGUUGGGAAAUACCGAAGCGGACGUUAUCUGCUGUUAUACAUUACAAUAUAUUUUUCCGUAUGCAUGUAUUGGAAAGGUUAAUGCAUAUCAGUUUGAACUCUUGAUAAAUUUGAAUGGUUCACGUUAACUUUUUAUCGGAUUGUGCGAUAAUAUGCUUAAAAAAUCCCAACUGCAACUGUCAGCAAUAAUAGAAAACAGUAUAUCACUAGUAAUAGCUAAUCUUCGACGCACUGGUUAGCAAAAAUUACUUAUGUUUGAUGUAGGUUUAAUGAUUUUUAGAUAAUUUUUAAACCCGAGGUAUAUAACCAAAUAUGCAUAAAAUAUUAAAAUUGGAUGUAUAUUUAACCUACUUUAUUUUAUAUAUAGGUAAUCGUUUGUUUGCCAUAAAGAUGGUGUAUUGUUUAAAAAUAAAAAAGCAUGAUUAUUGUUAUUUAAAAAAAAAAUAUCGUUUUAUUAUUUAGCAAUUGAUUUAGAAAAUGAUUCCUUGUGUUAAGGAAUAGUUGGCCAUCGCAAGUUACCAUUUGUUGUAUCUGUGAUUAUAUUUGCAUUUUGCGUUUACUAGUCAUUCCAGUCAAUUAGCCAUAAAAUAAUAUAAUUUGUAAAUCAGACUAAUAAAAAUAUUUAAUUUCA